AUGUUAAUCCCUCGUUCGAUUGGUGUUUCAGUGCGAGCCACUUCAAAAGUGCUCCAGUCUGUUCGAACAAAUUCUGAAAAAAAGCCAUCGAAGUUCAAUGAUCUCAACUCACUCUGCUCGCAAGAGGUUAUCUAUUUAAAACUGUUUUCCUUUUUUCUAAAUUAAUUUAGCAUUUUUAGAGCACUUCAUCUGAUGGUUCAUUGCUCGCCGUUCCUUACAAGGACUUCGAUGUCUUGAUUUCCGACAUCGACGAAAAGGAAUUGGAUGAAGUAGGGUGUGUAUUUUUAAUAUUUUAAUCUAAUAUCCAUUUUCUCAGAUUGGAGCUGCUAAUCACAUCGAAAAUUUGUCAAUUGGAUCCUUUUCUUCCACGCCUUUCCCAGUCUUGGGACGAGUCCACGGGAGAAACCUGCGUUUGAUGGCUCCUUUAGUAUGUCAAAACGUUGGUAAAUAUAAUGAUUGAACUAUUUCUGGAACCUAUAAUAUUAUACUAUACGUUAUAACAAAAAAAUUACAGAAGCAGGCAAUUCAAAAAUCUUCAAUGUCUGGUUUCUUGUGAACUGCGGCUCGCCUUAUACCUGCUUGACUGUAAAGUCGCUCGAAAAACUCGUUGGUCAUGGAUUCAGCCACCAACUUCACAACAUUGCUAUACAGGUUUCUUUUUAUUUUAUAUUCACUAAUGAUUAAGUUAAAAUGUUCAGGAUCCAGAAAGAUACAUUGAAUGUCACAUUUCGAAAACUGACUUCGCGAAUGUCAACAUCUUGGGAAUGGACGCAAUACAACAAUUGGAAUUGUCAAUUGAUUUCAACUGGAAAGUGUCAAAAAACACGUUUUAUCUGGUGAGAAAGUGA